GUAAACAUUUUCCUCAUAUUUUGAAAUUAAAAAUUUUUACAUGGUAAUUAGAACAUUUUAUUUGCUGAUAUCAACGAAUGAUAAUUUAUUUAUUGCUGUCAGGUGUCGAGUUUAUUUAGAUGUGUAUGAUAAUACCACAUCGACACCCGUUGUUAUUUUUGGAUCUUUGGUAGAGGAAAUUUUGGGAUGCACAACUGUUGAUCUUAUAGACCGUACAGACGAGGAACAUCUGCCUUAUAUUGAAAACAUUGCAAACAACAUUGAAAAUAAUGAGUGGAUCAUAGUCUUGGGCGCGCAGAUGAAUGAAUCUGGGAGGUUACGCCAAAACAAACUUACUGUAUUAUCUGUUAAUAACGUUCCAGGAACAGCAGAAUGAGUUUCCAGACUUUUCUUUUGAAACUUUUGACUAUUGUAAUAUAUAAGUACAGGGUACUCGUGUAUAGUUGUAGUUAUGUU